CUUGUUUCUCAUCUAUCCGAUAAGAAAUUCGCGAACUUGCCCCCAGCAAUUCUUCGAAGCUCUCUCUGAAUCUCUCUCUCUUCCCCUCAAGAUGCAGAUCUUUGUGAAAACUCUCACCGGAAAGACCAUAACCCUUGAGGUUGAAAGCUCUGAUACUGUCGACAAUGUGAAAGCCAAAAUUCAGGACAAGGAGGGAAUUCCACCAGACCAGCAAAGGCUCAUUUUUGCUGGGAAACAACUGGAAGAUGGUCGAACUCUUGCCGACUACAAUAUCCAAAAGGAGUCCACCCUCCACUUGGUGCUUCGUCUUCGUGGUGGGAUGCAGAUUUUUGUUAAGACCCUGACUGGGAAAACCAUCACAUUGGAGGUGGAAAGCUCUGAUACAAUUGAUAACGUUAAAGCAAAGAUCCAGGACAAAGAGGGUAUCCCACCAGACCAGCAGAGGUUGAUCUUUGCAGGCAAGCAGCUUGAAGAUGGUCGUACCCUUGCAGACUACAACAUCCAAAAAGAGUCAACCCUCCACUUGGUGCUUCGACUCCGUGGUGGAAUGCAGAUUUUUGUUAAGACCCUGACAGGCAAAACAAUCACAUUGGAGGUCGAAAGCUCGGAUACUAUUGAUAAUGUCAAAGCAAAAAUUCAAGAUAAAGAGGGUAUCCCACCAGACCAGCAAAGAUUGAUCUUUGCAGGUAAGCAGCUAGAGGAUGGUCGAACCCUUGCAGACUAUAACAUCCAAAAGGAAUCAACCCUCCAUUUGGUGCUUCGGCUCCGUGGUGGAAUGCAGAUUUUUGUCAAGACCUUGACUGGAAAAACUAUAACCUUGGAAGUUGAAAGCUCAGAUACCAUUGAUAAUGUCAAGGCAAAGAUCCAAGAUAAAGAGGGGAUCCCACCAGACCAGCAAAGGCUGAUAUUUGCAGGCAAGCAGUUGGAGGAUGGGCGCACUCUGGCUGAUUAUAAUAUCCAAAAGGAGUCGACCCUCCACUUGGUGCUUCGUCUUCGCGGUGGUAUGCAAAUUUUUGUGAAGACCUUGACGGGGAAAACCAUCACUCUGGAAGUGGAAAGCUCAGACACAAUUGAUAAUGUGAAGGCAAAGAUCCAAGACAAGGAGGGUAUUCCUCCAGACCAGCAGAGGCUGAUUUUUGCGGGAAAGCAGCUCGAAGAUGGGAGGACUCUGGCAGACUACAAUAUCCAAAAGGAGUCAACUCUGCACUUGGUGCUGCGUCUGCGUGGUGGGAUGCAGAUUUUCGUGAAGACAUUGACUGGUAAAACCAUAACUUUGGAGGUGGAAAGCUCAGACACCAUUGACAAUGUGAAAGCUAAGAUUCAGGACAAAGAAGGCAUUCCUCCUGACCAGCAGAGGCUGAUUUUUGCCGGUAAGCAGUUGGAGGAUGGGCGGACUCUUGCGGAUUAUAAUAUCCAAAAGGAGUCAACCCUGCAUCUUGUCCUACGCCUCCGUGGUGGUUUCUGAGGCCACAUUGUGUUGUGUUUAGUAGUUCCAUGGUCAUGGCUUGUUUUUGCUGGACAUGGUUUAAUGGCUCUGAAUAUGUUCUAAACUCUAUAUGUUAAGGUUUGUGAAUUGGCCGUGAGUGGUCUUGUUGCAGUUUAUUUGAAAUGAAGUAUGCCCUGCUCUUGAAGUUCCUUUUU